CCCGCCAUGAUCCUGCUCGAAUCUCACAACUACAUUAUUCAAAACACUCUUGCAGAGAAAUUCAUAAAACCGAGCUCGGUCGAAGUUCAGUUCGUAGACUACGAUGGUGUUCGUUUCAAUCUCAAAACGCUAGAACGGAAGACGGCUCUUCUUCUCUCCAUGCACAUCCGCUGCUGGGAUGAGCUAGUGCAGUACGGUGCUAUGGACAUCCUCCAACGCGAGUACGGGUCUCUCCUCCAGGCACAGCCAGAGCCGGAGUAUAGCGUCAGUCUCCAGAUCGAUCUCGAGCAGGCUCCCCCAGAAGGAGAGGAGAGGGAGAACUUCAUCAAGUCUAUCUCCCUCUUGAAGCGGAACGCACUGGCCGGGCCAUUUGAACGCGCCUUCACUACCCAGAAGGAACUGGAUGCGUCGGGACAGGAACAAGGCGAACUGAUGGUCUUGCACUAUCGCGACGAGGAGGCCAUCUUUGUUCAAGCCGCCAAAGAUCGCGUAACAGUCAUCUUCUCGACCGUCUUCCGCGAGGAGACGGACCGCAUCUUUGGCAAAGUCUUCCUUCAGGAAUUCGUCGACGCCAGGCGUCUGCCCACCAUCCAGAACGCUCCCCAAGUGUUAUACUCCAACCGUAAUCCUCCCCUCGAAAUCCAGCACGUACCCGGACUUCAAUCCCAUGAAGACAUUGGCUAUGUUACAUUUGUCCUCUUCCCCCGCCACUUCGCGAGUCCUACCGUAUCGGCCGCCACCAUCUCGCAUAUCCAACUGUUUAGGGACUACCUGCACUACCACAUCAAAUGUUCGAAGGCGUACAUGCAUUCGCGGAUGCGGCAUCGCGUGGCUGAGUUCCAGAAGGUUUUGAACAGAGCAAAGACGGAAGUUGCUACGGAGCGGAAGACUGCGAGUGGGAGGACUUUACAGACGCGGUGAACUGCUGUAUCGGAUUCAUGGAACUGGAACCUUUCAUUUUGUAUUCCAAACACGAUGCUACUUUAUAUUCAUCUUCUGCCG